AUGGAUCCUCACAUUAUUAAUGGUUUUAACCAAGUAGUUCCACCCGACACAUUACCAUAUAGUCUCACAUUUGGUGGUGGUCUCAUAGUACCGAACAAAGAAGUCAUGAAAACAAUAAACAAAUUAUCCCAAGAAAAUAAUCAAGAAAAUCAAAAUAUAGAACAAGAUUUACAUUAUAGUUGGCAGAGAUAA